GGGCGGAAGCUGCGGAGAGGCGGGAGGAGGAAAACAAAGGGGGUGUGAGGGGCAGGGGGAGCCGGGAUGUGAAGAGAGAGAGGCGGCGGAGGUGACGAGAGCGGCCCAGGUGGGAAGAAUGAAAGAAAGGAGGGAUGAAAGAAUGUUGAACUAUUCUGUAUGGCUGUAUGAUGGAAGGAAACAGAACGGAGAAUCUCUGCAGUAGAUCAUUUGGAUGGGUUCAACGACAAGAUAAUGAUGCUAAACCAUGGCUCUGGAAAUUCUCUAAUUGCUUUUCUACCACUGAACAGACUUCACCUUUCAGUGCAAAACCGAAAGAUUACAUGGAGAACAAGAAAGGUGUUGUGGAAUUGAAGGAUGCUUCAUCUCCUCUUCAUGCUGGCUCUAAACUCUUUCCAGCAGUACCACUUCCUGAUGUUCAUUCUCUUCAGCAACAGCAAAUACAGCUUUCACCUAGCCCCAAAGUAAGCUGCUGUGCUCAUGGAUCUGACUCCGCUUGUACUCAUAAGAUGCAUUUUGGUGGUGGUGCUGGUGGUGGUAGCUUGAUUCAUCCUGGCACAAUAUUAGACUCUCAAAGCACUGGGACAAUUACUUGUCAAGUAGGGUCAGGGUUUGCUUAUCAGGCUGCAUCAUCACUCAAGAAUGCUCCAGCUAGAAGCAAUUUGGCAGGCAUUGCAAAUGACUUCCCCAGCAUGUGCUUAGAAAAUAAUGUGUCUUCCUGUCAACAUCUACCAUGUUGUGGAAAACUCCAUUUCCAGUCCUGUCAUGGUAAUGUGCACAAACUGCAUCAAUUUCCAGCCCUUCAGAGCUGCACAUCUUCUGGCUAUUUUCCCUGUUCCGAAUUUACAAGUGGGGCUACAGGGCACUUGGAGGAGCAUAUUACACAGUCGGAGCUAACAUCACGUGUAUGCACCAACUCUUUGCACCUAAAUGUUGCACCUUCAGUCUGUUUAAAGGGAUCUCACUACUGUAAUGAAUGUUUAAGCAAGCCAACCAGAAAUAGCUUAAUUGAUGCUGCUAAAAUCUGGCCAAAUAUUCCCCCUCCCAGUACGCAGACUGCACCCAUACCAAUCCCAAUGUGUAACGGCUGCGGAACCAAAGGAACAGGAAAAGAGACAAGUUUAUUACUGGCAAGUAGCCUGGGCAAAUCACCACAAAAAUAUGGGUCUCCAGAAGUUGCAAUAACAGGCCAGGUGCUGGAGAACUUGCCCCCCAUUGGAGUCUUUUGGGAUAUUGAAAACUGCUCUGUUCCGACUGGCCGUUCAGCUGUUGCAGUUGUACAACGAAUUCGUGAAAAAUUUUUUAAAGGUCACAGAGAGGCAGAAUUCAUCUGUGUAUGUGACAUUAGUAAAGAAAAUAAAGAAGUUAUUCAGGAGCUGAACAACUGCCAGAUGCAUUUCAUUACCUGUGGAACUAUCUUCUCUAACUUUGUUUUGGGGAGAAUCUUUUUGUUUCAUUUGGUGACUGUUGCACACAUCAAUGCUACAGCAAAGAAUGCAGCUGAUGACAAGCUCAGACAGAGUCUUAGGAGGUUUGCUGAUACACACACUGCGCCUGCUACUGUGGUCCUUGUAUCAACUGAUGUAAACUUUGCUUUAGAACUCAGUGACCUGAGACACCGGCAUGGUUUCCAGAUAAUCUUGGUACAUAAGAACCAAGCUUCCGAAGCACUCUUGCAUCAUGCUCACGAGCUUAUCAGGUUUGAAGAAUUUAUUUCGGACUUGCCACCAAGGUUACCAUUGAAAAUGCCAUCAUGCCAUACACUGUUAUAUGUUUACAACCUGCCAACAAACAGAGACAGCAAAAGUGUCAGCAACAGACUCAGGCGUUUGUCAGAUAACUGUGGAGGAAAGGUGCUGAGCAUUUCUGGCAGCAGUGCAAUUCUCCGCUUUUCAAAUCAAGAAAGUGCUGAACGUGCUCAUAAACGAAUGGAAAAUGAAGAUGUGUUUGGCAACAGGAUUAUUGUGUCUUUUACCCCAAAAAACAAGGAACUCAAUGAAACAAAAAAUUCAAACUGUGUUGGAGCUGAAAAGGUGAAGUCUCCAAAAAAAAUGAACAAGAACCCAAAACUCUGCCUCUUCAGCAAAGAUUCAAAUGAUCAGUCUUCGAAUGCCAAAACCACAGCGGGAAAGGGAUUGCAGACACAUGGAUCUGCUGCAAAACCCACAGAUGUUAAAAGUUUACAGGAGCUAUGCCGCCUUGAAUCAAAGACCAUCAGAAAAAUUGAAAACGAGCAAGACCAGUUAAGAGAGCAAACUCUUUCUCCACAAAACUCUAAUGCAGCAAAUCUUGUGUGCUUGGCAACCAAAAACACAGGAAUAGGAGAAUUGACCUAUAAAUGCAGUCAGAAUAGAAAAGACACCCCUGCUUCUAGAAGCAUUACCAACUCUCCUAUAGAGAAAAAAGAUAAAGAUGCAGUUGUAUUCCAGGUCAGCUACCCAUCUGCUUUCAGUAAAUUGACAGCAUCACGACAGCUCAGUCCUCUGCUCAUGUCUCAGAGCUGUUGGUCAUCUCGGAGUAUGUCUCCAAACCUCUCAAACAGAUCAUCUCCACUUGCCUUCAAUAUUGUAAAUCACACCAGUGGUACAGACUAUCCUGAUCCUUUUGCAAAUGGUGCAGAUAUUCAGAUCAGCAAUAUAGACUACAGAUUGUCCAGAAAGGACCUGCAGCAAAUUCUGCAAGAAAUCUUCUCUAGAUAUGGCAAGGUAAAGAUUGUGGAGCUCAGUCCUCAUACAGAUUAUCAGUUGAAGGCUAUAGUUCAAAUGGAAAAUCUGCAAGAAGCAAUCAGUGCUGUCAACAACCUUCACAGAUACAAAAUUGGCAGCAAAAGGAUCCAGGUCUCCCUAGCUACAGGAGCUACUAAUAAAUCUCUAUCUCAGCUUAGCUCAGAAACAAUGUCCAUUCUUCAGGAUGCUCCUGCUUGUUGUCUGCCUAUAUUCAAGUUCACAGAAAUAUAUGAAAAAAAAUUUGGACACAAGUUAAUAGCAUCAGAUCUGUAUAAAUUAACGGAUACUGUGGCAAUCCGUGACCAAGGAAAUGGACGCUUGGUGUGUCUCUUACCCAGCAGCCAAGCCCGGCAGAGUCCUUUAGGAUCUUCACAAUCUCAUGAUGGCUCAUCAGCAAAUUGCAGUCCUGUAAUAUUUGAAGAAUUGGAAUAUCAUGAGCCCAUUUGUAAGCAGCAUUGUCUGAAUAAAGACUUUAGUGAACAUGAAUUUGAUCCAGACUCCUACAAAAUUCCUUUUGUGAUUUUGUCUUUGAAGACAUUUGGACCUCAAGUGCACAGUCUGCUGCAGACCCAUGAGGGCACUGUGCCUUUACUAAGCUUUCCUGAUUGUUAUAUGUCAGAGUUCAGUGAUCUAAAAAUGGUGCAGGAAGGCCAGGGAGGUGUUCCCUUGGAGCAUCUUAUCACCUGUGUUCCUGGAGUUAAUAUUGCCACUGCCCAAAACAGCAUUAAAGUUGUUAAGUGGAUACACAACAAACCACCCCCCCCAACUACAGAUCCUUGGCUUUUACGUUCGAAGAGCCCUGUAGGUAACCCACAGCUUAUUCAGUUCAGUAGAGAAGUGAUAGAUCUACUUAAAAGCCAACCAUCAUGUAUCAUACCUGUCAGUAAAUUCAUCCCAACAUAUCAUCAUCACUUUGCGAAGCAGUGUCGUGUGUCUGACUAUGGGUAUUCCAAGUUAAUGGAUUUACUGGAAGCAGUGCCACAUGUAUUACAAAUUCUUGGCAUGGGCUCUAAACGCUUGUUAACCCUAACAUACAGGGCCCAAGUAAAACGUUUCACUCAAGACUUAUUGAAACUUCUCAAAUCCCAGGCCAGUAAACAAGUUAUCGUGAGAGAAUUCUUACAGGCUUAUCACUGGUGUUUCUCUAAAGAUUGGGAUGUUACUGAAUAUGGAGUGUGUGAGUUGGCAGAUAUAAUAUCAGAAAUUCCAGAUACAACAAUCUGUUUGUCUCAGCAAGACAAUGAAAUGGUAAUUUGUAUCCCCAAAAGAGAACGUACCCAGGAAGAAAUUGAAAGAACAAAGCAAUUCUCUAAGGAGGUAGUUGACUUGCUGCGUCAUCAACCCCAUUUCCGAAUGCCCUUUAAUAAAUUUAUUCCUUCUUACCACCACCACUUUGGCCGUCAAUGCAAACUUGCUUAUUAUGGGUUUACCAAACUCCUUGAACUUUUUGAAGCCAUACCAGAUGUCUUGCAAGUAUUAGAAUGCGGAGAGGAAAAAAUUCUGACUCUGACAGAAGUGGAACGGGUCAAAGCUCUAGCCGCCCAGUUAGUUAAACUGCUGCGAUCUCAGAAAGACAACUGCCUUAUGAUGACUGAUUUACUUACAGAAUACAGUAAAACGUUUGGUUACACAUUGCGCCUUCAUGACUACGAUGUCAGCUCAGUUCUAGCUUUAAUGCAAAAGCUUUGCCACGUUGUGAAGGUUGCUGACACAGAAUCUGGUAAACAGAUUCAGCUGAUAAAUAGAAAGUCUCUACGUACUCUGACUGCACAACUACUGGUACUGAUGAUGUCUUGGGAUGAAACCACCUUUCUUUCCGUUGACGAGCUUAAAAGGCAUUAUGAAACUAUCCACAGUGCUCCCCUUAAUCCAUGUGAAUAUGGAUUUAUGACCUUAACUGAACUCCUGAAGAGUCUGCCUUACUUGGUUGAGGUUUUUACCAAUGAUGUGGCAGAAGAAUGUGUGAAACUUACAAAUCUGUAUUUGUUUGCAAAGAAUGUGAGGUCCUUGCUUCACACGUACCACUACCAGCAGAUCUUCCUUCACGAGUUCCCAACAGCAUAUAGCAAAUAUACAGCAGAAGUGUUGCAGCCCAAAAUAUAUGGAUAUAAUAGUCUAGAAGAGCUGUUGGGAGCAAUUCCACAGGUGGUCUGGAUCAAAGGACAUGGGCAUAAGAGAAUUGUAGUACUAAAGAAUGACAUGAAAACUCGUUUUAGCUCACCCAGGUUUUCCCCUGCUGAUCAUGUGGAUGAUCAUGGAAAUCAACUUACUGACAGUAAUGAACACAUGGAGAUUCUAGGAUCCAGUGCAUCAAUGGAAUCAAAACUAGGAACACCUAGCAAUGUUUCUAAUCACACUGAACAAGAACUCCUUUGCCUCACAAAUACAUCACCUGUUGACCUCUUGUGUGAACCAGUUCCUUCCUGCCUACCAUCCCCACAACUGAGACCUGAUCCAGUCAUUCUUGAAUCUGCAGACCUCAUUCAGUUUGAGGAACGCACUCCACCUCUCUCUGAGAUGAUGAUUCUAACAGAAGAAGAAAAAAACAGAAUUGUUACCACGGUAGCAAAAGGAAACUUGAGCUGUGGCCCUGUGGUAUCUAGUGCCACAGAGAAUUCUUCAGUGCCUCCUUACCAAUCUUCUGAAACUCAACUAAGCAAGGAAGCAAUGGACAGCCCAGCCAAAAAGCAACACAAAAACAAAGUGAAAUUGGCAGCAAACUUUUCACUUGCACCUGUAACCAAGCUUUAAAUUUUCUUCUAGUGGGAAAGACAAAUACUGUUGGACUCUGCACAAAAAUAUAGCUAUUUGGUAGCCCUUAUGUAUUUUAAUGAGAAGGCUUAGAAGUCACUUAAUUUGUAUUUAGAUGUAUUCUGUGAAGAUUUUGUUCUUUUUACACUGAACACAGCUGUCAGCAGGGCAAACUAUUUUUAUUAUUUUGAAAAAACUUCCAGUAUUCAUUAAAUUAUUCUUAACAAGUUUUACUCCGCCCCCUCCGCCCCCUCCCCCCCAAACCAAUCGUGUUCAUUUACUGCAAAAUAUGCUCAACUAAAGUAGAAUGGAUUUUAUUUUCUUUAAGCCUCAUCGGUGGUGUAAUCCUACAUGUAGCAUAAUAUAUUCUAUAGGCUGUUGCUUACUGAUUGUUUCAGACAGUAUUAAUAAAAUGCAUGAUCUGUCCUUAAAAGCCUGUUGAGGAAUUUUAACCGUUACUGGAUUGGAAUGACAGUGUGGUGGGUUUUUGAUUGUAUUGAGGGAAAGCUUGUGUUAUGUGCACCUUCUGGUGAUUUGUAAUUGCAUUGUAAUUCCUUUCACGUAAAGAUGUCUGUAGAAGAUUAUGUGGAUUUAUUGCAAAAUUUGUUUUAAAUGUUUUUUGUGAAACUUUCAGUUCCGUCAAGGAGCUUUCUAGGAAGUUGAGGAUGUUUUAAGCUUCCCUUUUAUGUUUAGUUCCAGUUUGACAUGGAUUGGGUUAAGGAAAAAAAGAUUGUCUUGGUGUCAUGAAUUUAAAGUAAAAUGAAGACACACUCUUGUGUUUGGAAAUGAGGUUACUAGGAAGAUUCCAAUAUUUCUAAAAUAUGCAUUUAAUGCAUAAAUUAUGGAUCAUAGAGCAGGUGAUAUAAAGUGCUAUAAGAUGGAAGAUAUUGAUGUUAUUUCCACUUGCAAGGAAAGUUCUAGCUGUAUGUGGAAAUGCCAAGGUUAUUCUGCUUAACCUUGUUUUCUAUUUUUUAAGCAUGUUUGGUAAAUGGGAAGCUUAUUCUUCAUCACGUUGUCUUUUAACUGUGUCUGUUUUUAUUCUAAUAUUUACUUCUAGUGUUGGAAUCUUUUUUCAGUUUUUUGUGGUAUUUUGUGUUGGCUUUUGGAAAGGCCAGCCUUUGGAAGGAAGGUAAACCAGUGGGAAUGACCUUAUUUCUAGUUGGCUGAAAUGUCCUGUGAGUGAGGCUUUAUACCCAUUUUGGGUAAACUUGGCAUUUACAAUGGGUUGUAUUUGCCAGGCAGACUAAAUUUCCUGUAAAACUGAAAGAACGUGUACCUAAGGUUUUCCACUGGUUGAAUGGUUUCUUUUUUAGAUGGAUUAUAUUUUGUAAUGUACAAGAGAGAUGGAAAGUGGGCUCAGAUUUCAUAGCCAGCAGUUGAAAAUGCCACGAAAUAAUGGCUAUAGACAGAAUUUUACAAGUCAGAUUUUGUUAAAAAAUCUUUUAAAUAUAGCCAAGUAUUACCAAUACUAAACUUACAGCCAUUAUGGAUACAGGGAAACACUUGGAAGUUUUUCUGAGCAUUAUGGCACAGUGUUUGAGUCCUUAUUAAACCUCUACAGACAUAGUGUUAAAGAAAGCAAAAACAGAAUGUAUAUUUUUUUAGAAUGCUUUUAAUAAUUUCAUGAGUUAAAUGUAAUACAUCUGCUAUCACCUUACAUGGAUUUUGUAAGGUUAACAGUGAUCAUUUAGAUCUUUGUUUCAGUAGUGUGUGCAAAAAAUUGUAAAAUCUAUAUUUUCAUGAGAUACAAUUACAAGUCAUCCAGAGUGCAAAGUAAACCAAAUGAUUGAUACUAUAGAGGAAAAAUGGAGGUACAACUCUGUACUAUGUUUAUGUGAAUGUGGUGGUUAUACCAUUUAUGGAGGUCAGCAUAUAUAUAUAUAUAUUUUUGAUUCAUGUGUAAUUCUGAUUCAAUUGCUGUUUGAAAGUAAUAGAAUACAUUUUGGGGAAGUUGUGUUCAUACGGUAACAAAAUAGCCAAUUGAAUUGCAAUAUAUUUUUUUAUCCAGAGGUUAAUUGAAUGAUGUGACUUACUGAUUCAAAACAAUUAGGACCAUGAUAUUCUUUAAUUUACAAAUUAAUUGUACUAAUUUAGAUUCAUGUCUGUUUAAAAAAAAAAAAAGUGUCACUGAAGCCCUCAACUUAUGUGCGCUAUAUCUUCUCGAGGUGGGAGGGGGAAGAAAAAUGUUUUUCAUAGCUGUCUAUUUUGUUAGACACUUUCUUUUGUGGCUCAAGUGCUGUUUUGUGUGUUGGGACCAAAUGGUUGUGUCAAUAAAAUUUUCGAGCAAGCAUA